UUCUUAUAUGCAACAAAACGCGAAGACCAACACAACCCACACCUCUCACGCACUUUCAGUUUUUUUUUUUUUCGAAUUUUUCUUGCAUGGAAUCCCCUUCUCGCUCCUCCGUUAUCAUCGUCGGUGCUGGCGUCUCCGGAAUCUCGGCUGCGAAGGUGCUGGCGGAGAAUGGGAUUGAGGACUUGGUGAUUUUGGAGGCCACAGAUCGCAUAGGCGGAAGGAUCCGUAAGGAGACUUUUACUGGCGUCUCCGUCGAGCUCGGAGCCGGAUGGAUCGCCGGCGUUGGCGGCAAAGAGUCCAAUCCUGUUUGGGAGCUCGCCGCCAAGUCUGGCCUCCGUACUUGCUUCUCCGAUUACAGCAAUGCUCGCUACAACAUCUACGAUCGCAGUGGGAAGAUAUUUCCAAGUGGAGUGGCGGCAGACUCUUACAAGAAGGCGGUGGAGUCCGCCAUUGAGAAGCUGAGGAUUGUCGACGCCAACCACCCCUUCUGUGACGCCACCGGUGUUCACGAACCGCCAUGUUGCCCGAAGACACCAAUUGAGUUGGCCAUUGACUUCAUACUACACGACUUUGAGAUGGCGGAAGUGGAGCCGAUAUCCACAUACUUGGAAUUUGGGGAAAGAGAGUUUUUGGUGGCGGACGAGAGAGGAUAUGAACACUUGCUCUACAAGAUGGCUCAGGAAUUUCUUUUAACCUCCGAGGAGGGUCAAAUCUCAGACAAUCGUCUCAAACUUAGCAAGGUCGUGAGGGAAAUACAACAGAGUAAAAACGACGGCGUUAGAGUGACAACAGAGGAUGGUUGCAUCUAUGAAGCCAACUAUGUGAUUUUGUCUGCCAGCAUUGGAGUUCUUCAAAGCAACCUCAUUUCCUUUACACCUCCCUUGCCCAGAUGGAAAACAGAAGCUAUUGACAAUUGUGAUGUGAUGGUAUACACAAAAAUCUUCCUCAAGUUUCCAUACAAGUUCUGGCCAUCUGGAUCUGAAAAGGAGUUCUUUAUUUAUGCUCAUGAGAGAAGAGGUUUCUACACCUUUUGGCAGCACAUGGAGAAUGCAUAUCCUGGUUCAAACAUCUUGGUUGUGACGUUGACGAAUGGGGAAUCGAAACGUGUCGAAGCACAACCAGAUGAGGAGACAAUGAAAGAAGCAAUGGGGGUCCUCAGAGACAUGUUUGGACCCAAUAUACCUAAUGCCACUGAUAUACUUGUGCCUCGCUGGUGGAACAACCGGUUCCAGCGCGGUAGCUACAGCAACUACCCUAUUGUCUCUAAUAAUCAACUUGUUCAAGAUAUUAAGGCUCCGGUUGGACGGAUAUUCUUUACUGGUGAGCACACCAGUGAAAGAUUUAACGGUUAUGUUCAUGGCGGAUACCUUGCAGGUAUUGAUACGAGUAAAGCUUUGCUUGGGGAAAUGAGAACAGAGAAAACAGAGAAGGGAAGAAAAUGUGAGAAUCAUAAUUUUUUGCUAGAGCCAUUGUUAGCAUUGACAGGAUCAUUAACGUUGACACAGACAGAGGCAGUGUCAAACCUACACAAAUUCGAUAUUUCUACACAGUUGUAUUUGAGUGGCAAGCUUGUGCCAGUUCCGGAGCCAAUCUUAUGACUAUAUGAACCCAUUGAAGAAACCCUGUUUAAUGAUGAUGAUGAUUAUGUGAGCAGUGAAAGACAUGUGCAGUUGGGUUUGGAAUCAAAUUCGGUUCAAGCCCUCGCUGCCAUCGGAAAGGGAAACUAUGUGCCAAAGAGUGCAGGACUUCGCCCUUAAGAGAUCGGAGUAACCACUGCUGGAGUUGUCGGGUUUUGAAAUUUCAAAUGGAAUAGGGGGGGUUAGGAGUACAUGUAGUUAGUUAGGGUCAUGGGAGUAAAAACUGAAACCAUGAUUCUGGGAUUGUUUGUUUGUAACUGUAAUUGUACCUGUUCUUCAUUCAAUAAAGAAAUUCCUUUAUAUUUAAGACA